CGUAUGGGAGGUCCUUGCACUGUGUCUCGCAGUCUGGAUUGCUGUGAAGCACUUCCGUGAACUGCGACAACACUCAACAAGAGGUGUCGUCGGAGACUGUUUCACGGUGUUAAUGCAAACUCAUGUUAGUUACUUCGCAAGCUUUUUUGCUAUUGCUUGCUUCCGUUUAUUCUCUCCAAUACUCUCAGCGGUACGCCAAUCUGCCCCUCUGCAUACGACCAUGAUCCAUCAUUUCAAUAGGACAUAUAUUCUACGAAUACUCAAAUUUAUCUUGGUUUCGCUCAAAUCUUCGAGAUGGCACAGCUGUUUGUGCUGGGACCGCGGCUCAUCCUUAACGUCCGAGAAUAUCACGCUAAGCUCGUGACCAACUCCGAUACAGCAACUGCUAUGACUUCGAUUGCUUUCCAGGAACAUGUCCAAGUGGAAACUAGCAAUAGUA